CACACACACAUACAGUCGCGGUAUCACAAAAGGAAGAGAGCCAACGCGCACCACCAAUUCGAGGUGGCCAUGACUUUAGCCAGUACGACUCGCGUUUGACGUGUGUGCUUGCAGCGUGAGUGGACGUGUGAGUGCGGGAGACUUGAGAGCUCCUCAAGAGGAAACCACACAGUGCUCGGCGGCAUCACGUGACAGAAGAGAGCACUGCCGAAACGUCGUCGUCGGCGAAGCGUCGUCAAAGGCUGCUGCACCAUGCGGCUACAGCGGCCAACGCCAGGGGCGCUGCUUGCCGCCGCAGUCCUUGCGGUUUCUUUAGCCUGUGCAACAUCCCAGGGCUACCCAUGCUACCAGGAGGGCUUCUACCGUGACCCCAACCACUGCGGACGCUUUUACCGGUGUGCACCGGUGCGGAACCGGCCGGGGGUCUUCACUCUCUACACGUUCGGGUGUCCCGAGGGGACGGCGUUCGACGAGUACAGCCGCAUGUGCGUCGAGCCUCACUACGACGACCCGUGCUUCAACCAGGUGUCCCGGGGACCGGCGUACGCGCCUCACCGACCCAUGCACCCGUUCAGGGCGCCCGUGAGGUCGAGCUUCAGGGACGGCCAGGCGCUGCCCUGCCGACGAGACGGCUUUCACGCGCACCCCUACGACUGCAACAGGUUCUACCGAUGCGUGCGGUACGAGCAGGACUCGUUCUACAGCAUCUACGAGUUCAAUUGCCCUGAGACGCUCGUCUACGAUGAAGCCACCGGCACCUGCAACUACGCCGAGUACAGUGAAUCCGAGUGUAUCUCGAACCAACGGCAGAAUAAUAGCUGGAGCCAGAGCAACCCUCCUUUGGGCUCUUCGGGCUGGUCACAGGCCGGUGCUGGUCCCGGGAGCAGUCAAUGGGGAGACACUCACCAGAACGUGGAGCAGGCUCCGCAGGAAAGCGGCGGUUGGUCCCAAGUCCAGGGUCAGGAGUCAGUCAAUCACGGUCACACCCAAAACCAGCCACAGGGUUCGUGGAGUGGUCAGGGAGGGAACCAGGGAACACCUCAAUGCACCAGAGAAGGCUUCUUUGGGCACCCGGACGAUUGCAACAAGUUCUACAGGUGCGUCUCCAGCGGCGCUGGCUCCUACGUCGUGUACGUCUUCAGCUGCGGAGAGUCGCUAGUGUGGGACGAAGCGCAAGGCACGUGCAAUUACCCAUACGCCGUGGAAGGACGGUGCAAGAACGCGGCGCCCGGCCCAUCCGAGCAACCGACAUUCCCUGAACAACCACAGGGAUGGCCACAACAGGGUGCUGGAGGCGGUCAGCCCGGAGCAACGCCCCCGCAACAGCCGCAGGGGUGGCCGCAGCGUCCUGGAAGUAGCCAGCAACCUGGGGGAAGCGGACAGGGUCGACCGCUGCCAGGUGAUACGAGACCAGGUGGAACCAGACCUGCCGACACGAGACCAUGCGACAACGAAACGACCACAGGUCAACAAGGUGGUCCAGCAUCCGGUCAAGGAACUCCUUCAAACCAAAACUUACCGUGUCCAAAGGAAGGCUUUUACCGCAACCCCCAGAACUGUUACAGAUUUUACCGGUGCGUGAGGCGAGAAGGUGCGGGAGGCUUUUACGUCUACGAAUUUGACUGCCCUGAGGGACUCGUGUUUGACGAGAGGUACAGUGUAUGCAACUGGCCAUAUCAAGCACCCCCCUGUGAAGAAAGUCACGCCUCCCAAAUCGUACAACCAGGACAAGGCGGGCAAGGAGGAUCACCAGGACAAGGAGGCAGACCAGGAACUGGUAGUGCACCGGCCCGACCAGGGACGCCGGGAGCGGGUGGUACACCCGGUCGACCAGGGACGCCGGGAACGGGUGGUACACCCGGUCGACCAGGGAGGCCGGGAACGGGUGGUACACCCGGUCGACCAGGAACGCCUGGUACAGGUGGCACACCGGGACGACCAGGAACGCCGGGAACGGGUGGUACACCCGGUCGACCAGGAUCGCCUGGUACAGGUGGCACACCGGGACGACCGGGAACGGAUGGUACACCCGGCCGACCAGGAACGCCUGGAACAGGUGGUACACCCGGCCGACCAGGAACGCCUGGAACGGGUGGCACACCGGUUCGACCAGGCAGGCCAGGAACGGGAGGUAGGCCAGGACAACCAGGGACGGGAGGUAGGCCGGGCCAACCAGGAACGGGUGGUAGGCCGGGCCAGCCAGGCACGCCAGGAACGGGUGGUACGCCGGGACAACCAGGCACGCCAGGAACGGGCGGUACGCCAGGUCAACCAGGCACGCCAGGAACGGGUGGUACGCCGGGCCAACCAGGAGCGCCAGGAAUAGGUGGUACGCCAGGUCUACCAGGAACGCCAGGAACGGGUGGCACGCCGGGACAACCAGGAACGGGAGGUACGCCGGGUCAACCAGGAAGGCCAGGAACAGGUGGUGUUCCAGGCCAGCCAGGUGAUACGAGACCGGUGCAACCAGGGCAACCACCUCUGCCAGGGCAGCCAGUGCCAGCACAACCAGGAGGUCAACCAAGUCGGCCAGGUCCGGGUGGCACCCCAGGGCAAGGAAGACAGCCCAGUGGCCCACCAGGAGAUGAAGGUGGCCGCGAGCAACGACCAUCGUGUCCACAGGAGGGCUUUUUCAGACAUCCUCAAAGCUGUUAUCGAUUUUAUCGUUGCGUGAGCGGUACCAGCGAAGGCAAUUUUGUAAUCUAUGAAUUUAAUUGUCCAGAGGGGCUUGUGUUCGACGAACGUUACAGUACAUGUAACUGGCCAUCUGACUGCGCCACCAUGUUCAGCCAGGUGGGCCUCCUGUGGGACCAGGGCAGCCCGGAGCUCCAGGCCAACCAGGACAAGGCCCGACGCAGCCAGGACAGGGGCAACCAGGUCAGCCAGGACAACCAGGUCGGCCAGACCGAUUGCCAGGCCAACCAAGACCAGGUCGUCCAGGUCAAGGGCAACCGGGACAACCAGGGAGACCAGGGCAGCCUGUGCCCGCUCCACCACCUGGGCAAGGACAACCAGGUCAGCCAGGCUUUCCAGGUCAGGGACCACCUAGCCAACCAAGACCUGCGCAACCUGGACAAGGGCAGCCAGGCCAGCCAGGACAAGGCUCCCCUGGACCAAGUCAACCAGGAGGACCCGGCAGGCUCCCAUGUCCUCAAGAAGGAUUCUUCCGGCAUCCUGACAGCUGCUAUCGGUUUUACCGCUGCGUUGACACUGGGAACGGUUUUGUGGCAUAUGAAUUUAACUGUCCCGAAGGUCUCGUAUUCGAUGAGCGGUACAGUACCUGCAACUGGGCCGAUGCCGCACCACCUUGCGACCAAAGGCCGCCGCUCGGCAUGCCUGCUCCUGGUGGUGGCGGAAGACCUCAAGCCUAGUCCCGGACAGCCUGCGCCACGUCCUCCCGGACCACCGCAGACGCCGCCACCCACUGGAAUGCCACCUCAGCCACCGGCAUCGCAGCCAAGCACACCUCAAGCACCAAGCGUCCCAACGGGCAGCACCUUUCCGGGGACUACUGGCCCCAUGACUGAAAGCACUCCUACAGUACCAGGUACUGCCAGUACUCCUAGCGACGUCACGGUUACUACUCCGACAGGGACAACAGGCACGCCAACCGAUGGAACAGAAAGUACUCCAACAGGAAUGACAGGUACGCCAACUGACAGCACAGGAACAACUCCUUCGGUGACCACUGAAACUGGCGCACUGCCAUCGACACCACAAAGCACUCCCAUCGGGCCACCUUCAUCUGAAACGACGCCGACGGGCCCUGGUACCGCUGGUCCUGGAAGUCCAGGUACCGGCGAAGGUGGUCCGACCCAAGCCCCUUCACAGCCUGGUUCUGUUCCUGGUGGUACGCCCAACGUGAGAGAUCCCAGUGGUCAGUCUUCGGAACUGAGCUGCCCAAGAACAGGAUUCUUCAGGGACCCGAAUGACUGCACAAAGUUUUACCGCUGCGUCGACUUUUACAUGACAGGACGAAAUUACGUUGUGUAUCGUUUCGAUUGUCCCGAGGGAACUGUGUUCGACGAGAGGUACAGCGUAUGCAAUUGGCCCGACCAGUCCGCGCCUUGCGACCAGGCGCCCGUCCACAACCAGGUCAGGGUCCACCAGGUCAGGGGCAACCAGGUCAGGGCCAGCCACCUCAAGGACCACCACCGCCACCAGCUGUCUGAUGACCUGCAAUGCAAUGAAAUUGCAGGCCCACAGCCGCCACAAGGUCCUCCAGGUGGUGGUCAGCAAGGUCCUGGUCCAGCGCCGCCAGCCACUGAUGUGACAUCGCCUCGAGAGCCUACGACCCCUGAAGCAUCGGGUCUUUCGUGUCCUGACUCGGGAUUCUUUAGGCAUCCUCAGGAUUGUCACCGAUUCUACCGGUGCGUCGACCAAUCGGAAAGUGGACGAGGCUACGUCGUUUAUGAAUUUGACUGUCCAGCUGGCUUGGUCUUUGACGAGAGGAUAAGUGUGUGCAACUGGCCACAGGACGCGCCUCCUUGUGAAGGUGGGCAAGGACAAGGACCUACUGUAGGCGCGGCUCCUGUACCGCCAAGCCGGCCACCAGGUCAACCGCCUAGUCGUCCUCCCAGCCAGCCGCCAAGCCGUCCUCCCAGUCGACCUCCCAGCCAGCCGCCAAGCCGUCCUCCCAGUCGACCUCCCAGCCAGCCACCAAGCCAGCCACCAAGUCGACCUCCCAGUCAGCCACCUAGCCAGCCACCAAGUCGACCUCCCAGCCAACCGCCAAGCCAGCCGCCAAGUCGACCUCCCAGCCAGCCGCCUAGCCAGCCGCCAAGUCGACCUCCCAGCCAGCCGCCAAGCCAACCGCCAAGUCGACCUCCCAGCCAGCCUCCAAGCCAGCCGCCAAGUCGACCUCCCAGCCAGCCACCAAGCCAGCCGCCAAGCCAACCUCCCAGCCAGCCGCCAAGCCAACCACCGAGCCAGCCGCCAAGCCAACCUCCGGGCCAACCACCAAGCCAGCCGCCACAAGGAGAGAGCUGCAGGCCGCAAUGUAGCAGAACCGGCUUCUUCCGAAACCCAAGUGACUGCACUAAGUUCUACCGGUGCGUGGACUUCUACCAGAAUGCCAGAUACGUAGUGUUCAACUUUGACUGUCCCGAUGGUCUUGUGUUCGACGAGCGUUAUAGCGUGUGCAAUUGGCCACACGAUGCGCCGCCAUGCGGUGGACCUUCAGACCCAAGUGCCGCUGGCAGCUGCGAGCCAUCUGCCGGUCCCUCUCCGCCACAGCCACCCGGCCCACCUCAACAGCCGCCACCCGGCCCACCUCAACCACCGCAACCCGGACAACCUCAACCGCCACAGCCACGACCACCUCCGUCACAUCCGAUGCCUCCACCCCGGCCGGCCGACUCAUCGGUAUGCAGCAAGGAGGGAUUCAUACGGGAUCCUGCAGACUGCCACAAGUUCUACCGGUGCGUGGACACUUACCAGGACGGCAGGUUGUCAGCUGUUCACUUCGACUGUCCUGCUGGACUCGUGUUCGACGAGCGAUACAGUGUUUGCAACUGGCCUCACGACGCCCCGCCAUGUGACGAGCAACCACAGCCGCAGCCGCAACCGCAACCGCAACCACAGCCGCAACCACAGCCACAACCACAACCACAGCCGCAACCUCCGCCUCGACCCGAACCAAUCGAGGCAACGACAGCUCCUUGCGAUAAGACGACUGCGCCAGCCUCUGAAACAACACCCCAAGUCACGACUCCCUCAGAAGCUACAACUGCAGAGGUGACCACGCCGUCCGAAGCGACGACCCCAUCAGAAGCAACGAGCCCCUCUGAAGCAACGACGUCUCCUGAGGCCACCACAUCAGUUACCACCAUGCAACCGACAACGGCCGAGUCCACUCCAGCCGCCACGACCGAAGCGCCGACAACGCCAGCGGCCAGCACAAUGGAGCCGACGACGACGCCUUCCAGUCGCCAGGCCAAGAAACUCGACGACCUCAUACUGUGCGACAAGGACGGCAACUUCGCGUUCGACGGCGACUGCGUCCACUUCUACCGCUGCACGGGCGGAAAAUCCCAGAAGGCCGAGCUGUUCAAGUGCCCAGACAAGUACUACUUCGACACCAAGAUCGGCUUCUGUCGCAGGAAGAGGAAGAACUUCAAGUGCGACAAGACGCCGUCGCCAGACAUGAUGGCGCGUCUUCCACCGGACUUCAUGCAAUCUGCCAUAGUUGCCGGACCUGGUUUCUUGUGGGACUAAUGAAUAGGACAUUUUAGCACGUGCACCAGGAGGAAGAUAUACGAGGGUAGCCGGGCACUAAGCGAUUCGCGAAGUGUUAGCCGUUUCCUCUUUAAGCUCGUAAGGUGGUGAGCAUUCCAUCGCGGUGUUUUUCUGCACCAUCUGCCAUUCCCACUUCUCACUUUCAGUUGUCGACGGGUUUCUUUCUCCCAAGCCACGGCUUCUCGGAACUCACUAAAUUACACGAUGGAGAUUACACCACAAAGCUGCUGCAGAGAGAGGAAAGAGGAAGGAGAGCUUUGCGUGACACGCGGCUUCCUCCGCUGCGCUUUAGAACCGCCGGUAGUUCGGUGCCGUCAACGGUAAAAGAAUGGCAACCCUGUAACGGCAAUAUGGACGCUCUCGUCACACCUACUCUUGUAUAUCUUUCUCUACCGACCCACGCAUUGCCACCGGGCCAAGCUGCGUACGGUAGUCGUGCACGCCACCUUGCUCGGCGGAGGUAUCACUUCCUUUGACGUGUAGUACAUUACACCGACAGCAAGUUGACAGAAAAAAAAAAAAGCCAUGUAAGAUACACUGGGGGCAUUUCAGGACCACGCGCGGGACGGGUGCGCGUUCUUUCGUUUUUUUUUUUUUCUAAGUCGUAAGUUUAUUUUUUUUACUACGUGGCUCGCUUCUGGUCUCUCACUAUUUAAGAAAGGCGGUACAAGCAACAGUAUUGCAGCACCACUCCAGCGUCGGUUGGAGGCGUCCGUCCAGAGUGUUGCAGCAUUCACCAGCUCAUCGUUCUGAUGACAAGCGGAACAAGGGUUCGUCGAAGUGGUUAGGUUAAUCAUUGUCGAACAUUAAAGGAAUACAUCAUCAU